AUGAAAUAUCAAUAUUAAGAAACCUUUUGGCAGUUCAAGAAAGGAUAUAUGGUAAACUUUAUUUGAUAAUUAUAGAAUCAAAAUCUUGCACUUGAUAAUAAAUAUAAUACAUUAGAAGGAGAACUUGAUGAACUUAAAUUAGAUAAUUAAAGAUUAUUAUAAAUUAAUGAUCAUUUGAAAAAAUAAUUAUAAAAAGUUAGAAAUGAAAGAAAUUAAUUUGAAAGAGAAUUGAGAAUUAUGUUAAUUAUUUCAUUUAAAUAGAAGUUUAUAAAAAAUAUAAAAAAAGAAAGGAUUAAUUAAUUAAGAAUUGAAAAAGAUAAGUAUUUAUAAUCUGAAUAAUUAGUAUCUGCUUUAUAGUUACUAGCUGAACUGUUAAAAUAGGAAUAGAUUAGAACAAGAUAAUUAGAAUUAGAGAUUGAAAGAUUGAUAAUUAAAUUAACCAUUUCUUGA